AUGGCAAAGUGCGUUCACUGCGGCCGGAUUCACACUCGCAACGGCCCUCCUUGCAAGAGACCGGUCAAAAGACCCAGGCACGACGCGGGCCCUGAGAACGGCGAUGACGCCAAGGUGGAAGGCCGUAUCUCGAGCAGCACGAAGAAAUUAAUAGCUAAGGGUUCAUUCAUGGUCCGCACCAAACGAUCGCAAGAGACCGAUUUCAUCUUUGAUGCGUACUCAAGCUCCAAGUCAUCAGAUGAAGAUGAGAGGACGCUUGCCAAGCGACCUCGGGUUGGCGAGAUCAAGGCCAUGGAGAUACAGACCGAGAUGCCCAGCGACGAGCUAACCCAGGUCAUGCAGCCCAGUGUCGAGGAAAUUGAUUCCAGUCCUCAACCCGCCUCUCCCACUCUGUCACCGCUGGAUGCCGCUCAGCUGCAUGCGUGGGCCGUGCCCCCAAGGGAGGGACCUGUCCCUUUGAUGAUGGUAUGCAGCCCAGAGAACGCCAAAAUCCACGAUUGUGCAAGGUGUCUCAUGCCAGCGCCUUGCGAAUCGUGGGAGCGUAAUCUCCAGAUGUAUCACCGUAUUGGAGGGACUCCGGUUGAUAGAGGUGUGGAGUUUUUAACCAUAAGCUCAAUGAGAGCGAAAGCUCUAUGCACUCCUUCUUCGCCUGAGGAUCGCUUCAUGAAGUCCAUAUUCAAGUCGGGUCCUGAGAAAAACCCAUCCUUCAUCAUCAAGAUCCCUGCAACACCUGAACCUCCGCCUCCUGCCAAGGUUACUCUGCUGCCUCCUCUGAAUAAUUCUGCCUCCUCGGGUUCUGCCAUCAGCCUCGACGCAUGUGCGACUCAAAUAUUCAACCUUUUUAUGGAUUCAGCGUCGAUACCAAGCGACUUUCGCUUUUUUCGAAAGCAGGUGGACCCAAUUUCAGAUGACAUAUAA